AUGCAGCAGUUUGGCGGAAUAUUGGUAGUGGGUCUGCUAGUCCUAGCAGGAUUGUGCUGGGCGGCGCCUUAUGGACACGCCACCAGCUACAGCGUGCUGACCAAGCAUGAAGAGCCAGUGCACAAGAGCUACGGACACGAUCAUUACGGCCACGAUAAUUACGGUUACGGCUAUGAUAAUUCGCACUUGGGCUAUGCUGCCUAUGGACAUGGGCACGAUCAUUACGAUCAUCACGACUAUCACGAUCAUCAUCCCAAAUAUCAGUUUGAUUACGGCGUCAAGGAUGCACAUACGGGCGAUCACAAGAGCCAGUGGGAGUCACGUGAUGGCGACAAGGUCAAGGGAAGCUACUCCCUGAAGGAGGCUGAUGGCACCACUCGCGUGGUGGAGUACACCGCCGACGAUCAUCAUGGCUUCAAUGCUGUGGUCAAGAAGCUGGGACAUGCGCAUCAUCCACAGGUCUACAAGAGCUACGCCCACGGUGAUCUUUACGGCGCUGGCUACGGCUACGGCGCUCACGAUGUGGCGCAUUACGGCGGCCACGAUCAUGGACAUGGACAUGGUCACGCCAGCAGCUACGUGAGCAUCAAGCAACAUCAUUAAGCAACGCAAACUACAACUGAACAA